GCAAAGUAAAGUUGCUUAACAGAACGCUGAUGAGCAAGAAGUCAAAGUGGAACUUGUGCUAUUAGAGGCUUCGUUGGGACGUGAAAAGAUGUAGUUUACCCUCUUUUCUUUACAGGCCUUCUUCUUCUACCAUGGCUGCGAACCUUCCUUACGAGAUAAGCAAGUUUCAAGAGCAUUCGAGGUUGUUGAAGCAGAUAAAGCGAGAUACGAACCGAUACUUUCAAGAAAUUCAAGAUUCCGGACAGUUCAGCCAAGACGUGUUGUCUGCGUACCUUCCCGAAAACGAGUAUCAGUCCUUAGCGAGGGUUUGUGAGAAACCGCCAACGAUCAUUGUAAUCGGACAAACGUGCUUCGCCAAAGUCUGCGUGAUAAACGAGCUUCUGGGAGAACCUGUCCUUCCCGUAGUCGGAGAGCUUGAUAGCCGCACAUCAUGGCGGAUGAUUCGAAUAAAGUACGGGAAUAUUUCCAACGUAAGUCUCGUUUUGCCCGAUAGUUUUGAACUAGCGGCCAACCUGGACGCGUAUGAAGGCUCGUGGGAAUGUGUUCCUAGAGCAGAUCUUGAACUUACGGACCUACAAAGAGACGAUCCAGCAUUGGCGACUGCAGUGGCCGAGGUCUCAUUAAGCCAUCCAUUGUUGAAAGCGGGGGCCGAGUUGGUUUGUUCGCCAAGCAAUCAUGAAGGCGACGUACAGAAUAUAUUUCGUGCCUGUUGUGAGGAUGUACUGCCAAUUGUUCUUUACGCCAUAGAGUUUGAUAUUUUGACUGAAAAGGUAGGUAGAGAAGUCGUAAAUAGAAUGCUAUGUAUUUCUCCUGAUUUAUUGUUCUUUUGAAAUUUGCUCGAGCGCGUGCGAAAACUCGUUUUCUCUUGCAUAAUUUUGCGAGAGUUGGACCUCUAACAGAGAAAAGAACUUUGAAAAGACUUGACUCGACAACAUUGUACAUUGAGACAAAACUGACACUCGAUCGGCUUUUUAAUUGUACAAAAUAUUUAAAGUAGCUGUGUCCAUGUUCCUAUUGUUGCCUUUUGUCGUAUACAGUAACCCUAAUUGCUUUGAAAAUAUGUUCAGCAUUAGAUGUCGAGAAAAGAAAACAAUUCCAACAGCUUUUAUGGAUUGCCACAUGAAUAGAGGUUUACAUGAUUGUAUGUGUGCAACAAGUAGAGGAAGUGAAUAAUCCAUUACAGUUCACAUACACCCCCUGGCCUCCCUCCCUUCCCCCCCUCCGUAGAGGAGGUAAGGCAAACUUCGCCCUUCCUGAAAAUGAAAACAGAAUGCUUCUUUUAGAGGUAAACAUUUUUUUUUCUCUUACCCUCUUAGAAAAUACACAACUUUCUCUUUCACCUCCUCAGAAAUAUUUACUCAUGACAAGUACAUGUAAGGUCAGCACAGACCUUAAAUCUAAGCUGUUUAGCAAAAUGUGCACUGUAAGCAUGCUUAUGGAAACAUGUUAAGCUCAAUCACAACAAGCUAUAUGCUGGCAGCCAUCGCAGAUCAAGUGUGCUCAACUCUCUUAAAUUGAUAAAAAAUUGUGCAGUUGGACUCUAUGACACCAAUAUUUUGAAAUACAUUUAGUUUCGGUCAUUUAAACUCACCUUGUAUUGUGACUUGAAUCUGCUCAUGAGUGCCUUAGGACUGUUUUUCACAAGAGUGUGUGAGAAGAUAUAUUGUGUGGAGUGGUUUGUCUGCAAAUGUUCUCAACUCAUCAGGCUACAAUAAUUACACAUUUAUUACAAGUUACUGUACAUGUGCUGUAAAUUUAU